GACUCCACAGCUGUGUCUCUGACCAGUCGCGUCAAUCGGAGAAGCUUCUCUCCACCUGUCGGCCUCUUUGUUUCGGUUUAUUCUCCCUUCCUCAGUUCUAGGUGACCUAUUACCUGGCAGGACGGAAACAGUCAGAAAAGCCUGAGAGGACAGAAGUCAGCGGCAGCAGUUGUCCUAAUUAGACCUCCUAAUCAGCAGAAGUGGCAGCAGGUGUGACUUCAUGUCUGUAUUCCCCCCGCAGAUCUACUGCCCAGUGUUUGUGCCCGUUGGAGAAAUGACUGAGGUGAUGAUCAGCAGCACCCCCAUGGAGGACAUGAGGCUGAGCCCAAGCAAGGACAGACUCUCCUUCCAGAUAUUCCCAGACCCUUCGGAUUUUGAUCGCUGCUGUAAGCUCAAAGAUCGUCUACCGUCCAUCGUGGUUGAGCCGACAGAAGGAGACGUUGAGAGUGGAGAGCUUCGCUGGCCACCUGAUGAGUUCCUGGUCAGCGAAGAGGAGGAGGAGGAGGAGGAAGAAGAGGAGCAUAUUGAUGUCAGUGACCAAAAUGGACAACCAGCACAGAAUUCUCAGCACUAGAGGUUGUUCAGCACCUGUGCACGCAGGUUCUGAGGGACUUUCACACAUUGGUUACACUUUACAGGAACACACACACACACACAAGCACGCACACACACCACUCUAGCUGGUAGAGGGAUCCACAAUGUAUCUUGUGCUGAAAUCCUUCAACAUGGAUGCCAAUUGGACGAUGCAGAACUCUUGGCCACACUUCCUUCAUUUGUUGUCCACGGUCAUGUCUCAACUCGAUGCUCUAUCACACGGCAGCAGAUCAUCACCAGCUCUGUGGGGCUUCCUGCUGCACUUACUGGACUCCAGAAUGGCUGACAUGUCUUCAUCCUUAUGUGCAGAACUAUUGUGAUACCUGUGGGGAUUAUUGUACAGUACACUGUUUUUAUUUUAUUUUAUUUGCUUUAAUAAUUAUUGCCACUGCUGUUUGAAGACUUCUCUUUAGAAGGGAGUUUUGUUUUGGAGGAUUGGGUGUUCAGUGUAUGUUUUUGUUUUUUCUCAAAGUUGUGGAUUCAGAGAACAAGAAAAGGGGUGUGUGUGGGGAGGGGGUGCAUUUUACUCUGCUGUGUAUUUUACUCUGCUGUGUAACUGAACUCACUUUACAGGCACUGACACCAGAGGAAUGCUUAUUUCUGUCAUCACAUUGGCCUCUAUGAAGCAGUAUUUGGAUGACUAAGCAAACUUUAGAUGUAGCAUGAAGGUUCAGAUGGGAAAGCUGGGGGGGGGGGGGGGGGGGAAUUUUCGAAGCAAAAGCACUUAAUAAAGCAACGACAGACCCAGUGAAGGAUGUAAACGCAUGUUCCAGCGCGUGAGCCCCUGAAGUUUAGUGAUGUGCUGAAACAACUUUCUUUUCCAAGUCUUCCUGUUUUUUGAUGACAGCCAUACUUUGACUCCGAGAUUCUGGUUGCCCUGUGGGAUUAGUUUGCAUAACCAUAAAGGCAAGACCUGAAAGUGGCAUUUACCAAAAGGUGUUCGCUGGAGUGUUGUCGUUUUAUCUGCCGGUUUCAUUUUUCACAAUUCAUUCAAGAGGACUUGGUGAACAAUGUUUUAUUGUUGUAGACGCAUGACUAACGUUUUAAUCUGUGUGGCAUUAGGGCUGUGUAUAAAUCAUGUCACCUACAGGUCCCACAUUGCUUUUGUAAAGCUCAGGGAGUUUAGUCGCCAUCUUUGUCUUGGUGUCUUUUUUUUUUCUAUUUACACCGUGUGUCUCAUUGAUUAUUAAAGAUGUUGUAAAUAAAGAACUGAAUUUGCUAUACA